AUGGAUGUGUUCUCAUUGCUGCGGCGCGGGCUCAGCGGUGACGUGUGCGAAUCGCUGAGCUUUGCCCCUCUGCGCGAGGUGGCGCCCCUGGUACACAGCUUCACAGCCUCCUUGCCGGAAGCACUGCUGGAGAACUGCCGCGCGGAGCACCUCGAGGUGGACCUUGUCCGCUUGGGCCAGCUCCUGGCCGCGCGCUUCCUCAAUGAAUGCCUCCAGCUGCAGCGUGCUUCAAGCCAAAUGCGCGAUGCUUUGGAGCUGGCGAGCGAGCGCACGGAGACCUUGCCGGAGGCUGCCGAGCUCGCGAAGCUCCGGGCGCGCUGCCAGGAGCUCGAGCGCGAGUUGGAGGAGCGCCCCCGCAGCUCCAGCGACGCGGACGAAGGCACCCUGGACGAGGCCGAGGCACUUCGUGCGGCUCUGGGCGCCCCGCAGCCCUGCACCCGCUGCGAGGCUCUGGAGGCCAAGCUCCGAGAGCAGGAAGAGCGGAUGCUGGACCACCACUUGGAGGCCCCUUCAAACAGAAGCAGUCCGCGGUUCAAGGCGGCCCCCGCCGACCCGGACCUGGCCCGGCUCCUCGUUGGCGAGGCCCCACCGGUGGUGCGCAAGCGUGCGGCCGUGGUGCUUCAGGCAGCGUGGAGACGGCGAGCUGCAGCUCUACGCUUUGAGCGUCAUUUGGUCGGGCUCGUCUUCCCCACAAGGAACGAUGGGCGCCGCCCGAGCGGCACUGUCGGAUCUGUCCGCUUGGCCCAGGCCCUUGCAGCACGGGUCUUCCGAGGGCUGCAGCGGCAUGGUCUGGAUUUCGAGGCCGCCUUUCGCUGUGCCGACACAGGCUACGAAGGAAACCAUGAGCCUUCGGGAUUGAUCCGAGUAGGCCAAUUUCUCCUUUUCCUCUGCCGACAGCAAGGGGUUGCCUUAGCACCUGCAGAAUCCGCUGCGUUGUUGCGGCUGCUGAAGAGGCGCGACCGCGGGAAUCGGAAGGACCCGCCGAAGCUUCCAUCUGGGGCUCGCGCUGAUCUGCAGGAGGCCUGGCAGUGGGAGAUGCCCUACGAUUUUGCCAGGCAGCUACAGGCAGCCGCAUGCGAAGGAGGCCCAGCGCCAGCACGCGAGGCUCUGGAAGCAGUGUCGGCACUGCUGCGGGGCCGCCAGUGCCGGUUUCAGUGGGGCGAUCAGGGUGCCAGCUGGGAUCGGCUUGUGCGGGACGCGCUCUUGCUGCAGCUGCGCGAGGAGCGUGAGCGCCUGCAGGCCGCCACUGCCGCCCAGGAUGACAGAAGUUCCUCCUAUGCCGAUGGCCAGACCAACCGGCCCUUCGCGCCCUUCACUGGCGAGCUCGAGGGUCAACUGGCCGAUUGCGAGGCAGAAAUGAAGGAGGUGCUGCAGGGGCCGUCCCGACCGGUGUCUGCCACGGCCUUGACGGCGCGGCUGCUGCGGGAGCAGCUGCCGCUGGCGCCGGUGACGCUGCACGCCGCCGCGCGGGCCGCGCCGCCAUGGCAGCCAAACAAUGGCAUUGGAGAUGGCGUGCGCCGGGGUCAGGUUAUUGACCAUCUGUGUGGGCAACAGGAUCUGAAGGGCAGCUUGAUCGGCGGCUUCGUUCGGUUUCAGCAAUCCCUGCCAGCUAGCCCCAGCCUGAUCCACAUCACAGCCAUUCGGCCGGUGUGGACGAUUCGCAUCAAAGAACUGUCAGAGCGUGGGAUGCUGCUUCAGAUCCUACCAAUGACACCAGGCACAGGCUGGAAGGACGACCUCCAGCUCGCUUACUGUGCCGGGUCCGCGGAGGGCGUGCUGCACGUGGGGCCCAGCCAAGGAGGCCGCAGCCUGCAGGUGCGCGAGCACUUCAUCCCCCGCCUCACGCGCACGCCAGAGCUGGUGUUCCUCCAGAGCUACGCCCGCACGGCCAAGCCAGAGCCAAAGGCCUUGGAGGAGCCUCGCCCGCCAGAGGCCGUCACGUGCCAGCUAGGAACUUUCGCGGUGGCCGCCAGCCUACCAGGUGACGGCGAGGGCCUCUCCCUGCGUGCCAUCCAGACGGCCAAGCAUGUGGAGGAGACAGCGGUUCGUGCAGCCCUAGGGCGGGUGACCCUGGCGAUCACGGCAGACCAAGAUGCUCUGCAGGUCAAGGCGCAAUGGAAGGCUUCCGAAGCGAAGCCGGCGAAAGCGGUGGAGGACCACUCAGGCCAGGGCCAAACCUUUCAGGACUUGGUGAGCCGGGUUCGGGUGGUGAGGUCAAGCCCUCGUGGCUUUGCCGUCCUCCUGCACCGGGAUGCGAAGAUGAUCCAGCUCUGGUAUGAAGCCAUCUCCUCGGAGUCCACGGCCACAGCGGAGGCGCUGCAAACCUUGGCGCCUCUUCCUUUGGACCUCGAGGACUCCCAGGAGGACUCCGCCCUUCGGGCCAAGGGCCUCGCAGCACUGGGGCUAGAGUCGAACGAGCACCCGCUGAAUCCGCUGCACGUUCCCGACACGCCGAACGAUCCGUGGAAUGCACGCUUCGCUGCAUCACAGAGUGGGCUGUCCCUGCUGGACUCGGAAGGGACGAACUCCCACCAAUUCCCGCCACGGCCUGGAGGGGACUCUCAGGGUCACCGGCCACUGAUGGUCGUGGAGCAGCCCAUGGCCCCCCGAGCCAAAAAGUUCUCCAGAUGA